GUUAAAAGGAACUCCGGGAAUCAGCGUAGGAAACCGCAGCAGUGAGACAGAGACAGAGAGGGUCCAGUGCGCGUCCCACCGCCCUGACGUAUCCUCCAGCUGAGUCGGAUAAAGGAAGUGAAAACGGAAGGGGAUUUCUAUAUACGCAAUACCAGACGCUCGUGUUCGUGUCGGUUUCCAGUUACUCGGAUCUUCUUUCUUUCAUUUUGCGAUCAUUAAGGAAUGCCAACUGAGCUCACCCAGAACAGGAUCCAAAAAAUCUGGAUUCCCACUGGCGAUGAUAAACCAGCGGUGUCGCAGAAAUCUUGUGGGGGCCCUCACUUGGCCAACCCCCCCACUGUCAUUGUGAUGGUGGGCCUGCCUGCUCGCGGUAAAACCUACAUUUCCAGGAAAUUGACCCGCUAUCUCAACUGGAUUGGCAUGCCCACCAAAGUCUUUAAUGUGGGUGAAUACCGACGAGAGGCGGUCAAGCACUACAGCUCCUACGACUUCUUCAAGUCCGACAACCAGGAUGCCAUCAAGAUCAGACAACAAUGUGCCUUGGCAGCCCUCAGAGAUGUGAAGACCUACCUGACAGAGGAAGGCGGCCAAAUUGCUGUGUUUGAUGCCACAAACACGACAAGGGCAAGAAGAGACCUGAUCUUGAAUUUUGGCAGUGAUAAUGGAUUCAAGAUAUUCUUCAUCGAGUCCAUCUGCGAUGAGCCCAGCAUCAUUGCUGCAAACAUCAUGGAAGUGAAAGUAUCAUGUCCAGACUACCAGGACUGCAAUAAGGCAGACGCCAUGGAGGACUUCCAGAAGAGGAUCGAAUGUUACCGGGCCAUGUAUGAGCCCCUGGACCCUGAUGGGCAUGACAGAAACCUGUCCUUCAUCAAGGUGAUUGACGUGGGCCGCAGGUUCCUGGUCAACCGCGUCCAGGACCACAUCCAAAGCAGGAUCGUGUACUACCUGAUGAAUAUACACGUGCAACCGCGCACCAUUUACCUCUGUCGCCAUGGCGAGAGCGACCACAAUCUGCAAGGCCGGCUGGGUGGGGAUUCUGGCUUAUCUGUCCGGGGCAAAAAGUUUGCAACGGCACUGGCCCGCUUCGUGGAGGAGCAGAAGCUGCAGGAUCUGAAGGUGUGGAGCAGUCAGCUACGACGGAGCAUUCAGACGGCCGAGCCGCUGGGCUUGGUCUACGAACAAUGGAAGGCACUCAACGAGAUUGAUGCGGGCGUGUGUGAGGAGAUGACCUAUGAGGAGGUGAAGGAGAGGUUCCCAGAAGAAUUCAUGCUGAGAGACCAAGACAAGUUCUACUACCGCUACCCUAGGGGCGAGUCGUACCAAGACCUGGUUCAGAGGCUGGAGCCUGUCAUGAUGGAGCUGGAGAGGCGGGAGAAUGUGCUGGUCAUCUGCCAUCAGGCAGUCAUGCGUUGUUUGCUGGCCUACUUCCUGGACAAGAGUGCAGACGAGAUGCCCUACCUCAAGUGUCCGCUGCAUACAGUUCUGAAGCUCACCCCAGUGGCUUAUGGGUGUAAAGUGGAGUCCAUCUCACUGAACGUGGAUGCUGUGAACACUCACAGGGACAAACCAGAGGAGGUGAAGAGAGGACCUGGCCUCCUGAUCAGACGGAACAGUAUUACCCCUCUGACCAGCCCAGAGCCCACUAAGAAGCCACGUUUCAACAGCUUAUCUCCUAACCCCCCAGCCUCUCCGUGCACGCCUGGGCUUCCUCCUUUGCCAGGACAGGAUUUGAGACACCCUUCCAGGAUCCAGGAAGCUCUGGAGCUAAUCCAGUGAGUCUGACUGGCUCACACGGGCUUUGAUGUCAGAAUCGGACAUCUCUCCUCCAUUUGGGGAUAAAAUGCUGCUUAGUAUUCUCUUCUCUUACAUGUACUUGUUUGACAUCCUGUUGAUUCUGUUUAAUACAGCAUGAAUCUUGACUCCUCCCAAACAAAACCUCAACACAUGUCAGAAUAUUGGCACUUUUUUUAAACAAAGGUUUUCCCAGUUUGGGGCGUUCUACUGUGUGGGGGAAUCCCUGAAGUCUUUCUGUUUUCAGGGACUGCCAUCCUCAUGGGGGCAUUUUGUUUUGUCCUUGCAAGGCAAGAAAACAUGUAUUUGUUUCUGUGCAUAUGACUGCGAGUGUUCCUGUAUAUGAUGUAAAGUUUGUUAGCGGAUGGAAGGAAUUCACAAGCCGAGUUAUUUUUUUAAAUGUGUUUUUUUUUUUUUUUU